AUGCACAUAAAUGUUGGUUCGAAGCUAACUGAAUAUCUCAAGCUUUUGAACCAACUAGAGUAUUAUGGUAAUGUUCCAGAUGAUUCGAUAAAUUCCUUGAGGUCUUACGCUUUGAUAGUAUAUCGGUCAGAUCGGCAAAACAGUUUCAGUGAACCUAUGCCAUGGAUUGGGAUCUAUAUCGCCAUAGCAUCUCUGUUUUGCAGCUUUGCAAUGGUGGCUGAUUUAAUACAUGGUUUGAGGAACAGAAAACUAUGGUUUCCAUGUAAAUACUUCACUCUGAAUGCUGCUUCUCUUUCUAUAAUAGCUGUUGCAAUGAAGCUACCCAUGGAUCUAAGCAAUGUAAUGCCAGGUGACGUGGACCAGUUUGCAAAGAUUGGAAGCAUGGGAUUUAUGUGCACCAUGAUGGCUAAUUUAUUGCCUUCUCUAGCAACCAUGGAUAGCAAGGAACUUUUCACAAACAUCAUAGCUUUGGUUGUAUUGGUAAUUACAUUGGUUGUGAAUGUUUGCAUUCAAAUAAAAACCGGUGUUGUUUCCAACACUGAAGUGGAGCACAUGUUAGGUGGUGAUCAUUAUUCAAACUAUUUGAGUUUUUACAAUCAGUCAAUAGCAAUCAUUUAUGUUGCUAUGAUACUGAUGUUGCUGAUGAUACAUGCAUGUUCAUCUUUAGCAAUUGUAAAGUCCAAACAGAUACUAGAAGUAAAAUACCAAGCAGCUUUAAAGGACAAAGAGCUUCCACAAACAGGAAGAUUAACUGUUGAGAAACUAAAGAAGCAUGUGAGCAACUACUGGAUCAUGGCAGGAACUGGAAGCCCUCAAUUUAUGACAGCUUGCUCUGCUACAGGCUCUGCUUCUGGGGUAGUAUGCGCUUUAAGUACUGUCUUGCAAGUAAUUAUUAUGCUUUUCACUGUUGGACGUACAAAGGACUAUAAGUCGGAUUAUAAGUGGUCAAUGAUGGUGAUUCUCAUAAUACAAUUUAUCGGAUCCUUGUUGGGUACUAUUGCCCCACUUUGUAGAUGUUUUGCAGCCUUAAGCUUUAAGUUGUCCAUAAAAUGGGUUUGGAACAGUAUGAAAGUCUUUAAAGUUGAGGGUUACUGGACUCAGAAGUUAUUUGAUUUGAAACAGAGUAGUAUACCAUUCUUUUCUUGUAGCCGCAAGUUUAAGUUUCUUGUCCACAAUUUGGAGGUCCUCAUCCUCGGCUUUUGCAUAGGAUUUCAGAAGGCAGUUGUGGUAGCAUGCAAGAUAAUAGGCCUCAUCCCAGUUUUCAUAGUCAUCUGUAUCUUUAAUUGCUCCUGUUGUUGGAAGUGGUUGAAGUCGAUGUUAAUUGCAUUUGGUAUUGUGUUUUUAAAAAACUCUGAGCAGCAUGAAACAAAUGAAAACUUUAGCCAUUAUGUUUUACAACUUCAAGACGAUAUGGAGCUUGCUGGGAUAACAAUGAAACGGAUUUCAAAAUCGUUCGAUCGCUUGAUCAAGAAGGCUGAAAAGCAACAACCCUCCAAUCUUAUGAAGCUUUUAAAGGGAUCUACAGGUUUUGAAGGAGUUGAAAAGUUUGACAACCAUCAUGUUCCACCUUUACUUUUACAAGAGCCUCUCAAUUGCUGGAGCUUAGCUUUGGUAACCUUGACAACCAUCGCCAUAUCUCUUCCUAACAUCCAAAAGAACAUAGUCGAUUGCUUGCUGAGUGGCGUGAGUGAAGGUCUUGUAUAUGUCAAACUUGUGGAAAAAACCCUCAAUGCUACUGAUAAUCAUGUAAGCAUUCAAAAGGCAGCUAAAACUUUGUGGGUAGAAGUUGAAGUCUACAACAAAUGGUUAGGAAACAAGCUACAAAACUUUGCUCCUCAAGUGAGUACAGCAGGAGAGAUUAUUCAAUGGUUGAGCGAUACAGCUAAAAACAUGGUUGCUGAGGUCGAAAGUACGGGUAUUGGAGUACCUAUUGAAAACUCCAAAUGCAAGACUAUUUCUGCCAAUUCAAUGUAUCGUAUCACCGAAUCAAUCCUGCUUUCUUAUGCCACCAACAUUGAAGAGCUUAGCCAAGAGGAAUUAUUUGUGCAGUUAUCAGUAAUGAUAGCUGAUAUAUUGGCUGCAUGUCUCACCAACUUACCUCAAGUCAUUGCAAUUAAAUGCCACACAAGUGUAAUAGAGAAAAGGGAGGCGAGUGUCCAUGCUGCAGCCCAGCUUCUUGGAGAGACUAUGCAGAUAAUCAACAUCCUCCAAGAUUGUGAACUUCCAUUCUUGGAUCCAGACGAGUUGGCAUUUAUUGACAAGUGGCGUGCUUACUUAAAGGAUCCAUUUCCUUAA